GCGCCAGAAUCAAGUUCAGUUGCGCCGCAAACGCGUCGCGGAAAUGUUUCGCUGCUGGCCACCGUCCCAAAGAAAUCGAAAUUUAAAUUGAAAUCCAUUAAACGAACGCGCCGCCGUCCUGCAUCCAAAAUUCCUAUAAAAUAGAAUCCCGUAUCCUUGCCAAUUAAUAAAUACAGCAAAGCUAGAAACCAAUUCGCGUAAUAUUUCUACUUAAUUUUCCCUACCGUUCUCAGUUGGCGCCAUGAGGGAACCGUUUCCCGUGGUGGUGCUGCUGCUCCUUUGGAUCGGUUCGGCGGUGCCACCCACUUCCGGAUCGGCGGUACUCAUCUCCGACAUGACCAUGAGCGUCAUGGUGGAGCUAUCGUCCAGACAUCCCUUUUGCAAGAUGCAUACAGAUCGCGGUGAUAUCCAGCGCAUGCUGCUGCAAUCGGAUCCGCGUCGCAUCCGCCAGGUGCCGCGGGAGUCGGUGAUGGAGCUGGAGGAAGUGUGCCGCCGCCAGGGAUCGUAUGGCCACGAGUUCCGCGGCGGACUGGGCUUCAUCUAUCCGGGGACGAAGUGGUGUGGUCCGGGCACAGCGGCCACCAGCUACGACGACUUGGGGCCGCAUUCUCGCGAGGAUCGCUGCUGUCGCGAGCACGACAUGUGCCCGGAUGUCCUCAAUGUGGGCGAAUGCAGGCGGGGACUGUGCAACCGGGGCACCUUCACGAGGAGCCACUGCGAUUGCGAUGCCCGCUUCCGGCGAUGCCUGCAGGCGGCCAACACGGAGACGGCCAACACGCUGGGCGCCAUCUUCUACAAUGUGGUCCAGGUGACGUGCUUCCAGGAGCGGAGUCCCUGCUCGGCGCACCAGAGGUUCGAGGACUUCUACUACCGCACCGAUCACUGUCCGGCGGAGUUCCGGCAGGCGGAUCUCUACGUUCCGCCGCACGGCGACAACCUGAUAGCCAAGAUCCUGGCCCAUCCGCAGGGUCGGGCCCUGGCCGCUCCCUCCUUUGGCCCGGCCAAGUCUACCGCCCGCCGAUGGGGCGUUAAAUUGGCCAGCGUCGGCCUGGCCGCGGUCAAUAUCCUGCGGGAGGUGGUGCAACGACCACGUCUCCUGUGGGACAGCCUGCAGGCACCGGUCAGUCGGGAGUUGCCUCCAUCGCCGCCAAGAUACCAGGAGGGCUAUCACUACGAGCGGCCGGGGCCUUCUUCCUACGGAUAUGGCUAUGCUGGUCGCGGCUACGGGGGCUACGACUCCCGCUGGAGCUGAAUCUGAAUCGGAAUCUGAAUCCGAGAGCUGGAGUUACGAUAGCCCCCAAAGGGUUUCGGCGAUUUUGCUGGUUUUCAAUUGUAUUCAAAGGUAGGAGAGUGAUCUUACUAGGGACUAUAGGUAGAAGUGAAAUAAAAUUGUCAGGGCUAAAGGUUUUUAUUUUAAAGUAAAACAGGAAAGUUAAAGAUUAAUAUUGCUCAAAAUUUGUUGGUUCAGCCAGUUGUUAAGUUGUUUCUUUAUACCAAAUUUUGGUGGGGUUUCAUAUAGAUUAAAAAAAUAAAUAUGAUUUCCAAUUAUUUUCUAAAGUUUAAAAGUAACAUAACUAUAGGUUAAAGUAAAAAGGGUUUAUUUAUUUUGUACAUGAGUUUAAAGUAAAAUAUCAAAAUUCAAGUAAAAUUGGAGUAAGUAAAAAGUAAAAUGAAUACCUUUUUUUUACAUUUUACUUGCUCCUAUUUUACUUGAAUUCUUGAAUAUGUAAAAUAGGGGUUUAAACAGAACGAAAAGUAUUGAUUAUGUUUAAGAUUCAUUUCAUUUUUUAAUUUCGAAAACAAAACUUGAUUUAAAAAAUCAAAAUAUUAUAUCAACUUAAUUUGCCAAAGAAAACACAAAGGUAACGUAAACCUUUGUUUACAUCAGCAAUGUAUCACACAAUCAUUUUCAGAUUGUCUACAGACAUAAAACGUGAUUUUCAAGUCAAUGCUGAAGAAUAUAUCUUCGUUUUAUCCUGCUUUAUAUUCUGUUAAAGUUUCAUUAUUAUAGUUGCUUAUUAUUCCGGAAAAGUUUCAUUAUCAUAGUCGUACCAUCUUGGCGUGGGAAGAGAAUACGUCGUAUUGUUCUGAUCCAAUACGCAUUUAAAUACUUUAAAUGGGUUUUUUGUCCGAUUCUCUUUGUGAGUAAGUGAGAAAAAAAAGCUUUUUUUAGUGGAUCGAACAGAUGAACAUUUUCUGUUACUAUAACUUGGCAGCUCAGCGAAAUGUUGAAGUUAUUAUUUUUUUAGGAAACAAAACAUACAUAGCUUUUUCAGUCGUAUUAUUUAAGUAAGCGAAAAGUGUCAUUAAUACAAACAUUAUCCGAUUUUGGGGUGAUUACGCUAUAAGCUAUUUGUUAACAACAUAAAAGAUCGAAGAUAUAAGCAAGAAAUUUACUAUUAAGAAAAGGUAUAUCUCAACAAUGUUUAAAUCAGAAUUUCCAUCCAUUCUAUUCCGAAAUUUACCUAGAAAUAUGAAAAGAUCACUCUCCAGCCUGGUAAUUAGUUGAUUAACCGACAUAAGUCGACAUACCGCACUGUUUUCGAUUAGUAUUAGUAGUCAUAAGUUGCAGUUCCACUAGUCCUAUAGCCACGUAGCUGCAUGUGUGAUUGCCAUUAGUGUUCUGCAUGUAACGUGUUCACUAGUUCACUAGUUCACACCCGUUCACCCCUAGUUUUGUACAAAUAAAUUCAUUGAGAAUCGCA